AGGCUCUGGCAAGUGCACCCAUUGCGGUGGCAAGGGCUUCUUCUUCGCCACAUUCCUGGCGCCCUCCGUGGACACGAGCGCCUCGCUGGACUUCGGGCGCGCGCAGCAGGGGUGCCCAGAGUGCGGCGGCUGCGCCCAGAACAUCCGCGGCGAUCUGGUGCAGGGCUCCGGCAGGUGCCUCAACUGCGACGGCGUGGGCAUGGUGAAGCCGAUCGUGGGGGAGAGGAGACCCCCCCACCUGACCAAGCAGCUGACCAGAAACCUGUCCGACGCGCGGCGGACCCGGCUGCACCUGCGCGCCGGGACGAGGGAGGGCGACGACCUGACGGACCUGCUCAGCCCAACGGGUGUGGAGAGCCGCAGGUC